AUUCUCAGUUUGGACCAUGGAAACAGUAAAAGAAAGCAACAGAGUAUGCAGUUCAACAGCAGCGUAGGCGGGAGGAGCAUUGCGAUUCAGAAGAUUGAUUGCGAUGCAGUUCAACAUAAUAGUUUGCUUUGUAGUUUAAGCUGUGAAACAUCAACGAAAUAGUAAAAUGGCAGCUUGAACCUCUGCGUUAUGUUAAAAUCUGAAUAUAUACUGUCCCCAUGGUCCAAAUAAGUGAUCACGCGUAAUCUCGUCUGGUAACUUUCUGUUUAUUUUACAGCAUCGUUCAUGUCUUCUCGUAUCCUGCCUAUGCAAUGAAGCACACUGGGCAAUUAAGAAUUUAAGAUGCCUGUCCUAAGCUGCAAGGUGCAGAAAGAACAAGAGAGCCAUUGAUGCCCGAUGCUUUUCUUGGCGUUGGAGCAAAGAACAACAACGCGCGCCUCCUUCAUUUCCUUCCCUGUACUAGUAGCUUACACAUAAACGAAACUGGGGCCUGUGAUUGUGAAUACAAGGGGACUGAGUGAGGAUGGGUGUUGGAGGUGGUUCGUCGGCGUCGGCGUCGAGGUGCAGGAGCACGGGGGCGACGAUGUCGGUGGCGCCGGCGAGCGGCGGUAACAGCGUCCGCUGCUGCCGCUGCAUCAACAUCUACUUGAACAACAACGUGCAGGGCGUCACCAACUCCGUGCUCUUCGGGAGCAGCGUGGUCAUGAGGGACCCCGGAGCUAGCGUCGUCCCGUCCCGCCGUCCGCCGCGCGCUGCCCGUGUUUGCUGCCGAAGGCAGAGGCGGCAACAGAGGAAAAAGAAGAUGAUGAAGACGACGAUGUGGGCUGCUGCUGCGAUUAUUUGCCUCGCGGCCCUCGCCAUCAUUGUUCUGGUGCUGAGCGUGAAGCGUACGUAAAUGCAGCUAGAGUUUAUUUCAGGUUUUUUUUUCUUUGAAAUCAGAGGUCAGGUUUAUCUAUUUUUUGAAAGAAAUUCAGGUUUAUCUAUGCGUGUGUGGUUCUCCAAAGUGAAAAAAGGAACACCGACACACCACGAAUUUAUCCCUCUUUUUUGUGGUUUCGCUGAUUUCUUCAUGAUGUUUUGAAAUGAGCGGUAUUUUUUUAAUCGGGCUAAAAUCGUGGUGUGGCAGUGUUCCUUUUAUAAUGAGUGGUAUUUCCAUUAUAUAAUGAGUGGUAUGUUUUGAAACGAGUGGUAUGCAUGUGCAACCACUUGCGACUUGAAAAUAUCUUUAAGAAAAGCGACUUGGAAUUAUCAAUCAUAUUAAAGCAUCUCUCAUGUUUCGUAUAAUCGGCCUAGCUUUCUAUACACCUGAGGAAGAUGACCCUUCCCGUCAACCUUCCCACCAAAGUGUCGCGCGCCACCGUCAUGCCCAUCCGUUGGACACCCCGCAACCACCGUUGUUAGAAGGAAUAUAGAAGAAAUCGGUGGAAUUCUUGAUGUAUACUCGAGCCUCGUGGGCG